AUGGCCUCUGAAGAAUCCCAGUCUCAUCUCGAAGACCGCCGCUUUCGCGAGGUAUACCGCUACUUUCAGCCCUCUAACCCGGCUGCCUUGCUAUACUCGCAUGUCGCCCCGCCACCUUCAGAUGAAGCCCAGACAGUCCACUCAUCAGCAGCAGAAACUCCUGGUGCCUCAUUAGCCAUCGGACUCCCGUCGCAGGAUUCGUCAAGCGCUAAUACUAUUUUGACAACUUUUGCUCAAAACGCCACUCUCAAAUUAAAUGCAGACCGCGCCAUCAUCAGCAUCGUGGACCGUGAGACAGAGUAUCUGCUUGCAGAGGCUUCACGCGGCGACAGCCUGCGAGACGCUUCUAAGAAUAUAUUUUCCGACACAUGGAUCGCAGCGGGAAACAAUGACCGAUCUGGCUCUUGUCUGAAUGCAAAAACGGUCUCGUUACCUGUAUUUCCGAAAGGCAAAUAUGGUUUCCACAUUAUCAAUGAUCUAUCUGCCGAAGAACCGUAUGCCGGCCUUGCCUUUGUCUCGGGGCCGCCUCACUACCGAUUCUACGCCGGAACCCCUCUCGUGACCGAGAACCAAAUCCACCUCGGUGCACUUGCAAUUCUGGAUACGACGCCUCGAAAUGGCCUGACCGAUACCGAAAAGGAUGACCUGGGCUAUCUUGCUACUCUGAUCAUGGACUUUCUUCGCCUUAGUCGACAAAGCGCCGAGGGUCGACGUGCUGCUCGUCUCUCACGUGGAUUGAGCUGCUUCGUCGAAGGAAGUUCUUCCUUUGUCGACGGACUGAGUUCUUUCCACUCAAGCUCCCCUCCCAGUAGCUCGGCCGGGUUAUCGGCUUCACCUCCUGCCGCCAUCAGUCCAAUUGCUCGAUCGUGUGGCUCUCAUGGGUCCCGAGAAUCUCGCCGCAGCAGUAUCGAUGCCCGCCCUAGUCGGUCGCCCCCUUCGUCUGAAGGGCGGGAGACAGGCACUUCAUCCGAUCUGACGAAUCCACUUCCGGACUGGUUGGCUACCGAUACAAAGGGCUCCAAGGCCCGGUUGGCGGACGAGAUGCACACCCAAAACUGGACUUUUCGGCGUGCCGCCAACCUCAUCCGUGAAAGCCUGGAGCUUACUGGUGAUAGCGGUGUAGUUUUCUUGGAAAAUAGUAACACUCCUCUGGAUGUCGACAAUGGACGUCUAGAGUUUGUUGACGAUAACGAAUCUCCGGCACCCGUUUUGGGCAUGUCCACCAAUCAUGUGCCAUUUUCGUCUAUUUCGGGUGAGGAUACCACCUUGUCAGGCGCCAAUUUCGAUCGACGGUUUUUGCAGAGUGUUUUUCGCCGAUAUCCCAAAGGAAAGAUUUGGACCUUUCACCGCGACCGAAGUCUGUUUGCCUCGUCCGACGAUGAUGAAAACAAACCCAACUCUCCCGUCUCGGCUGUCCGCGUGUCGCCUGAUGCUCCAUCCAGAUCAAACAAAAAAUGGCGCGCUACGGAAACAUCCCAGCUGUCCAAGUAUUUUCCUUCUGCUAGUCAGGUUAUGUUUGUUCCUUUAUGGAAUGCUGCUACGUCUCAAUGGUUCGCCGGUUGCUUUUGCUGGAAUUCUAAAAACACUCAAGUGUUUAACGCAUCAGUGGAAUUGGCCUCUAUCAUGGGGUUUGGCUACUCGAUCAUGGCAGAGCUAAGUCGUCUCGAGUCCAUCAUUGCAGACCGUCAAAAGGGCGAUUUUAUCGGAAGUAUCUCGCACGAACUGCGUAGCCCGCUGCACGGGAUUCUUGCGGCAGCGGAGUUUAUGGACAGCACUCAUAUGAACGAAUUUCAAAAGUCCUUGCUCGAAACGGUCAAUGCAUGUGGGCGGACAUUGUUGGAUACAAUGAAUCAGGUUUUGGACUUUAGCAAGAUCGUAUCGUUGGAAAAGAGUUGGCGUCAGAUGAAACGGGCUCGUCGGGACCGAAAAGAUGCGAUGCCGGACAACAUUCAGGGAAUUGACAGUAUGGCCUCGUUGCUCGACAUGCACACGUGUGAAGACAUUUGUCUACUUGCGGAAGAAGUUGUGGAAGGAGUGUGCCUGGGUCACUCGUAUAGUCGAUCAAAUGCUAAUAGCUCGUCAUCGCGGUCUUUUCUAUCUGCGCCUUCAUCGCGAUCUGGGUCGAGCUCGCUCUCGACUCCUGAUAGUGAUAGCACCGGAGAUGGCCGCUCCAAAGUGGACGUGAUCGUCGACAUUGAAAAAGGAGACUGGGUGUACCGAACCCAGCCUGGAGCUUUACGGCGUAUUGUGAUGAACAUUUUCGGCAACGCGAUGAAAUACACCGACAGCGGAAGUGUGACCAUUCGCUUGGAGACACUAAAGGGUAGUCCGUCUAGCAAGGUCAAACUUGGAAAAGAAUCAGACGAACUUAUCGCGCUCACCGUUUCCGACACGGGUAAAGGCAUAUCGGAGGAUUUCCUCCGGGCUCGUCUGUACAUGCCAUUCUCCCAGGAGGACACUUUGGCUGUAGGGACAGGUCUUGGUUUGGCGAUUGUACGCAGCAUUGUGAAGUCGCUGGGCGGACAUAUUAGCAUUCGCAGCCAAGCUGGUGAGGGAACAAGAGUCAAGGUGACAUUGCCGCUGUCGCGUCCGACUGCUGAAGAAGCCGGUUCACCGCCUGUGCGCCCCAACCAGUCGACGCUGAAUCGCGAUCUACGUUACAUUCGCGAGCGCUUCCCGCAAAAGAGCGUUGCUAUUGUUGGGUAUGACCCGGCUGCAUCGGACAAUUGUGAAACCUCGAUCGUAUUUGCUCGCUAUAUUACCGAAUGGUUCGGCCUCACCCUUCAGCCCUGGCCAACUCAGCACCCAGCCGACCUUGUGCUGGCCCAGGACAAGGACGUGACGGAUGAAUUUAGAUUGAAGCAGGUCAGCCGACCGACAGCGCUGCUUGUAUUCUGCAACGACCCGGAGGCGCUGGAUCCGGCUCGCACGACAUGGUCAAGACUGGCCAAUGUGGUGGAAUACCUGUACAGACCGUGUGGACCACACAAAUUGGCGCGGACCAUUUUCCAAUGUCUGCAAAAGUCAACCACCUCUCCGACGCGACAUGCAGGGGUUCAGCAUUCCCGACUGGCCGACCGAUCUCGCAUCCGAUUCUCCGACUUGCACUCUGAGGCAGUAAGCAUAAGUGGGUCGAGCUCUGAUGAGUCGUCGAUGUCGUCGUUGGAGGGAUUACGCAAGGGGAGCUAUUCGCAGGUCAACACCUCUUCUGCUGCCCUGCGUUCACCCGUAGAGGAGCAACCUUUGGAGAGCCCCAACGACGAAGGCGUCGACGGCCGACAAUCUGCUCCCGCGGUUACAGCAAACAUGGAAGAUAUGCCACGACUUCCCAAGGAUCAGGACCUUGAGUCCUCGCCAUCCACGCCAGUCAAUGUUUUAGUCGUGGAUGACAACCAAAUCAAUCUUCGUCUACUGACGACCUACCUUGGGCGCCGCAACGUGGGCAACCUAGACUCUGCCGAGAACGGCAAGAUGGCGGUGGAAGCCGUUGAGAAGCGACCGGAGGGGUUUGAUAUCAUUUUUAUGGAUAUCUCCAUGCCGGUGAUGAACGGGUUUGAAGCGACCCGGGCUAUCCGCGCUCUCGAGUAUGAGCGGGAUGAGCCACGACCUGCAACAAUCAUUGCAUUGACGGGUCUGAGCAGCGCGCGAGAUGAGACCGAGGCUUUGACAUCAGGAGUUGAUCUCUUUUUGACAAAGCCGGUUUCGUUGAAAGAAGUGUCUCGGCUAUUGGAGGAGUGGAAGCCGAAACAAUUGCGUUGA